CUAGUUGCUUGUCUAUUGAAGUCUAUAUAUAUAUUUUUUACUUCAGCUAUUCUUGUUAAGUUUCCCCCUCGGACCCUCGACUCGACACGAUAUUUUCCGUUUUCUUCGUGUUUUACAAAGGGUCUUAAAGAUGAGAUUAGUCAUCACAGUCGCAUCAGUGCUGUUAACUCUGCAAGUUGCUGCCCAGCGUCCGGAGAAUGGGAUAGCGCCCUACAGUGUCAUUAAACAAGGCAAUGGCUAUGAAGAGCGACUGUACCCUGAGUUACGUUGGGUUUGUCACGAUGUCAUUCAGCGCCUGGCAAGACCUGACAUCUACACCAAGUCCUUUUUGGCUUUGUAUGGCUUCCUCAAUGGUGCCAAUUCGGAGAGCAAGAGAUUUCCCAUGACAGCCCCCGUGACGAUGGAAGUCAAGCGCGUGACUGAGGACUUGCAACGAUUCCGGAUGUGCUUCUACCUCCCCCCCUCCUUGCAACCUCCUGCAAUGCCACCCCCUGCGCCGACGACCCGUGGUUCUCGGAUCAUCACCCGCCCGUCCGUGGUCGUCCUUACCAGGCAAUUCGGAGGCCGGCCGGAGACGCCCACACACUGGCAGGGCGAAGCGCAGGCUCUGAGGGCGGUCCUUGAAGGGGCGGGCGAGAAGGGCGUCGACUUCACCGCCUUCAUUGGAGCUGUCUAUAACCCUCCAACACACGUGUCGGAUCGUCGGAAUGAAGUCUGGUUUAUGAAAAAUAAUUGAUUAUGCGAGUCCACAGAGAGACAAAAACAGACUAUCUCAAGGUUCGUCUCUUACGGAACGCCGUGUAAAAAGAACAGACAAAAAAAAAAAAAAAAAACAAGAGGAAAAAAGAAGACACUGAAGUUCUCUUGCUACAAGGCCGCCACCUGUGCUCUUCAUUCGACCCACGUGGGAAGCUAAAAUACAUACGUGCCUAUAUAUACGUACGCAUACAUACAGGAUGUGCAUGUAUACAACAUACGCGAAGAGGUGCAUACACAAGCAAAUCAACGCACGUACCAAGUCUUUAACACACACACACACACACGCACACACACACACACACACACAUGUGCACAACACACUUGCACACGCACUUACAGAAACACACAUACACAUCGCGAUAGAUGUUACAUCCUAAACAGUGGUAUUUCUCCCAUACAGCCCAGGAUAACGGUGU